AUUUCUCGCAAAUAGGCGAUGACAUUGUCAGACCCUUGGGUGUCUUGCUUACUUCCAUUCAGUAGAAUAUUAUACGGAGAUGACGAGUAAAUUAUACACUCUCUGACCACAUGGAACCAAGUUAUCUUUGAUCAGUGUUAGAUAAUACUAAUAACAUGUUGUUAUACCAUUUCUUGCCGAAUUAAAAAAAAAAACUGAGCACAGGCAGACGCGAUCGCGGUUAAACAUAUCAGUCGAUAAUUGUGCGUAGAGCGUCACAAUGAAGAAGACGACACCCUGCAAGACCACGAUGAAGCUCUUUUUGAUAUCUGCAAUUUACCUCAUGGUUUUCUUCGACUGUCAUUCGAGUCUCACCGUCAAAAUCGAGGAACGAUACCCAAGGGUUGUUACACCACUUGGAUCGAUAGAAGGCUAUUUCAAAGUAUCGAGCAACAAUAAGCGUAUAGAAGCCUACGAAGGUAUACCUUACGCCAAACCACCGAUCGGCGAGUUGCGAUUUCGGGUCGCCAGGCGUCUCUCGCCAUGGUCUGGCGUUUUGAAGGCGAAACGGUUCGGGCUGCCAUGUUUGCAGUAUACUCACUUCCCUGUGGAUCCUGCCAACCAGGUCGAAGGCUCCGAGGAUUGUCUUUACAUGAAUAUUUACGCGGCGGGUCGGUGCGAACGCCACUUCAAGGCAACUAUGGAUCCAGCCGAGUUACUACCGGUUAUUGUCUACAUUCACGGAGGCUCGUUUCAAUUCGGGUCCGCAUUGAAUUUCAAGCCAACUUACUUGCUCAACAAAGACAUUAUUCUGGUUACGUUUAAUUACAGGCUUGGACCACUAGGUUUUCUUAGUACGGAGGAUGCGACAGUCCCCGGGAAUAUGGGUCUCAAGGAUCAAGUAAUUGCUUUGCAUUGGAUUGCGGACAACAUUCAGUCAUUCGGUGGGGAUCCGGAAAAGAUUACCAUUGCAGGACAUAGCUCUGGCGGGGCUAGCGUGCAUUAUCACUACUUAACGAAUCUCACCUCAGGAUUGUUUAAUGCCGGAAUUUCGCUGAGUGGCACAGCGUUGAAUUGCUGGGCGCAGACAGAAGGAUCCCUUAUGAAGGCGAAAAAACUGGCAUCCAUUGUAGGGUGUCCGUCAAGAGAUGUCCAAGACAUGGUGGAAUGUCUGAAAAUUCGUCCUGGAUAUCAGAUCGUGCAAGCCGUUGGGGAGUUUAUGCCGUGGCUAUUCAACCCUUUCAGUCCCUUUGGACCAGUAGUCGAGAAAGGUGGCAGUGAUUUUACGUUUAUCGAUCGAUCUCCCAUUGAUAUAAUAAAAUCUGGUGAAGUGCAGGACGUUGCAUGGAUCACGGGUGUUACAAGCGAGGAAGGCCUCUACCCAGCUGCUGAUUUUGUGACCAGCGAGGAGCUUCUUGCAGACUUGAAUGAAAACUGGGAAUCGAUCGCACCUCAUCUACUUGAUUUCAAUUACACCGCCCCGAAGGCUCAACACGCCAAUAUUUCUAAAUUGGUAAAGCAAUACUACUUGGGAACAAAACCAAUUGAGGUAUCCACCAUCACGGAAAUCGUGCAAUUACUUACUGAUCGUUUGUUUGUUGCCGAUAGUAUCAGGGCAGCGAGACUUCAAGCUCGGGGCAAUCAAACUCCCGUGAGAUUUUAUUAUUUCACAUACAGGGGGGUCCACAGUCUGAGCGAAUUAAUGACCAGCAAUACACAAAAUUUCGGUGUCAGUCACUCGGAUGACGUUGCGUACGUGUUCGAUGCCGCAUCGGGAUUGUUUAAUUCAUCGACAACACCGGAAGACCGGAACAUACGAAAUCUUUUGAUUAAUCUCUGGGUGUCGUAUGCCACAAAAGGCUUUCCAAAUAUCGGUAUUGAAUGGCCUGAGGUGAGCAAAUCUUCGGACAGAUUUUUCCACCUAGAAAUCGGAGGGCCGAAAGAAAUCAGUAUAAAGGAUGGUCCUGCCUUUGGAGAGGAGAAGUUUUGGCAGGGUCUUAAUUUAAGCGAAAAUAUAGAAACGAAGAACCAUGUCAAGGGCAAGAACUCUGAGUUGUGAUACAACGUUUCUCGGUUUCCGCUCGACUGCAUGUAUAAUUUGAUCUGGGAAUUAUGUUUAAUAGUACUCGCAGAACAACUAUGUAGGUCAUAUCUAUUGGCACACCGCAUUUGUAUACAAGUUUGAUACGAUAUUCUUUUUGCAAUAAAAAAUUAAUGUAACAACGUAUGAUUAUAAGAUGUUUAAAUUAAACGUUACACGUUAAGAGUGAUUACGAUCUGCGUCGGCGUAUCAUCGUAAUAUUGGACAAUUAGACGUGUUGAUGAUGUAUUUAGUAGAUAAUCCUUGCUUACGAGCCCAGAU